ACAAGAGGGCUUCCCACCCCCGUCCCGCCUUCUCGACCACAGCUCGCCAAUCGGUGUGAGGGUCUGACCCGCACUCUAGUUGCCCGAAGGCCUCGCGGCCUGAGGAGACCUGUUUGAUCUUCAGCCAGCGUCUGGGCGGCAGUUGACUGAGCGGAGCUGCGGGUCCGUGUCCGGCGCGGUCGCGCGUUUACCUCAGUCUCGGCCGAGCCCUUCCGGCCGGCCCACCUCAGCACAGCCCUUCCCCGCGGAGCCCAGCCCCUGAGCAGGCUUCUACUGAAGUCGGCACGCCCCUCCGCGUCGGGCCGCGGCGCCGCGAGGACGCCGUCCCCGCCGCCUCACCGCGAUGGCGCCCACCAUCCAGACCCAGGCCCAGCGGGAGGAUGGCCACAGGCCUAAUUCCCACCGGACUUUGCCUGAGAGGUCUGGAGUGGUCUGCCGAGUCAAGUACUGCAAUAGCCUCCCUGAUAUCCCAUUUGACCCCAAGUUCAUCACCUACCCCUUUGAUCAGAACAGGUUUGUUCAGUAUAAAGCAACAUCCUUGGAGAAACAGCACAAACAUGACCUCCUGACUGAGCCAGACUUGGGGGUCACCAUCGACCUCAUCAACCCUGACACCUACCGCAUCGAUCCCAAUGUUCUCCUGGAUCCAGCUGAUGAGAAGCUUUUGGAAGAAGAGAUUCAGGCCCCCACCAGCUCUAAGAGAUCCCAGCAGCACGCAAAGGUGGUGCCGUGGAUGCGGAAGACAGAGUACAUCUCCACUGAGUUUAACCGCUAUGGUAUCUCCAAUGAGAAACCUGAGGUCAAGAUUGGGGUUUCUGUAAAGCAGCAGUUCACAGAGGAAGAAAUAUACAAAGACAGGGACAGCCAGAUCACAGCCAUUGAGAAGACUUUUGAGGAUGCCCAGAAAUCGAUCUCCCAGCAUUACAGCAAGCCCCGAGUGACACCAGUGGAGGUCAUGCCUGUCUUCCCAGACUUUAAGAUGUGGAUCAACCCAUGUGCUCAGGUCAUUUUUGAUUCAGACCCAGCCCCGAAGGACACAAGUGGGGCAGCUGCAUUGGAGAUGAUGUCUCAGGCCAUGAUCAGGGGCAUGAUGGAUGAGGAAGGGAACCAAUUUGUAGCUUAUUUUCUGCCUGUGGAAGAGACACUGAAGAAACGAAAGCGGGACCAGGAGGAGGAGAUGGACUAUGCACCAGAUGACGUGUAUGACUACAAGAUUGCUCGGGAAUAUAACUGGAAUGUGAAGAAUAAGGCUAGCAAGGGCUAUGAGGAGAACUACUUUUUCAUCUUCCGAGAGGGUGACGGGGUUUACUACAAUGAGCUGGAGACCAGAGUCCGCCUUAGUAAGCGCCGGGCCAAGGCUGGGGUUCAGUCAGGUACCAAUGCCUUGCUUGUGGUCAAACACCGGGACAUGAACGAGAAGGAAUUAGAAGCCCAGGAAGCACGGAAGGCUCAGCUGGAAAACCACGAACCAGAGGAAGAAGAGGAGGAGGAAAUGGAGGCCGAAGAGAAAGAAGGCGGGGGCUCAGAUGAGGAGCAGGAGAAAGGCAGCAGCAGUGAGAAGGAGGGCAGUGAGGACGAGCGUUCUGGCAGUGAGAGUGAACGGGAAGAGGGUGACAGGGACGAGACAAGUGACAAAAGUGGCAGUGGCGAAGAUGAGAGCAGUGAAGAUGAAGCCCGCGCUGCUCGGGACAAAGAGGAGAUCUUCGGUAGUGAUGCUGAUUCAGAAGAUGAUGCCGACUCUGAUGAUGAAGACAGAGGGCAGGCCCACGGGGGCAGUGACAACGACUCAGACAGUGGCAGCGAUGGGGGUGGCCAGCGGAGCCGCAGCCAGAGCAGGAGCCGCAGCGCCAGCCCCUUCCCCAGUGGCAGUGAGCACUCUGCCCAGGAGGACGGCAGUGAGGCUGCAGCCUCCGACUCCAGUGAGGCUGACAGUGAUAGUGACUGAACCCCAGAGCUGGCCGCAGAAGCCAGCACAGAAACCAUUCUUAGAGCAGGAAGGCACUUUUCUAGUGGUCCGCCUGGUUGCGCCCCCUACCCCUCAACCUUUGCUGUUAAUAAAGGCCACCUCCUUUGACUUGCUCUGAUCUUCACCCAACCCAUCCCUCCCCCAGGUCCUCAAGGACCUUCACUUGAGGCACAGAAGCAAUGCCCCUGGGUUUCACAGGAAAUGCAGAAUAACAAAGAUCAGAAUCUCUUU